AAAAAGAAAAUUUCACCUCCCUAACCAUUCAUAGAAGAGGAUCGACUCCAUGGUGACCGUAUGCUGGAUAAAAUUUACUAAGUAUAUACGUACAGAGAAGGGAGAGAGUCCAUAGGAAACCUCACGCGAGAGUUUUCUUAAAUCUGACAAUCCUAACCCAUAGGCCUCCUUUAUCUACAAUGGUGAUCAUCUGGCCAGGAGGGCCCAGAUCCCGGCGACUGCUGCUCUCGCUUCUGCUCCUUUCAUUCUGGGAGGCGGGGAGCGGCCAGCUCCACUACUCAGUCUCGGAGGAGGCCAAACACGGCACCUUCGUGGGACGCAUCGCGCAGGACCUGGGACUGGAGGUUGCGGAUCUGGUUCCGCGUCUAUUCCGGGUGACGUCCAAGGACCGCGCGGACCUUCUGGAGGUAAAUCUGCAGAAUGGCAUUUUGUUUGUGAAUUCUCGGAUCGACCGGGAGGAGCUGUGCGGGCGGAGCGCGGAGUGCAGCAUCCACCUGGAGGUGAUCGUGGACAGGCCGCUGCAGGUUUUCCACGUGGAGGUGGAGGUGAAGGAUGUUAACGACAACGCGCCACUGUUCAGAGAAAGAGAACAAAAGGUACUUAUUUCUGAAUCUGCGCCUUUGGAGUCUCAUUUUCCUCUAGAGGGCGCUUCUGAUGCGGAUAUCGGCGUAAACUCUCUUCUCACCUAUAUGUUAAAUCUAAAUGAGUAUUUUGUGCUUAAAAUAAUAACAAAAAAAGAUAAAAGUACAUUGCCUGAAUUAAUUCUACGGAAGGUAUUGGAUAGAGAGAAAACGCUAAAAGUUAAUUUGUUGCUGAUGGUCAUCGAUGGUGGUAAACCAGAGCUAACAGGGUCUGUUCAGAUUCAAAUAACUAUCCUAGAUGUUAAUGACAACGCUCCGGAGUUUGAUAAACCUGGCUAUAAAGUAGUUUUGUUUGAAAAUGUCCAAAACGACACUAGAGUGAUUCAGCUAAACGCUUCUGAUCUAGACGAAGGACUAAAUAGAGAAAUUUCCUAUGGGAUCAGAAUGAUUUCGCCGGUGAGUGAGAAAUGUGUGUUUUCAAUAAAUCCCGACACAGGUGAAAUUAGAAUUUAUGGAAAAUUGGAUUUUGAAGAGAACAAUGCCUAUGAAAUACAGGUUAUCGCUGUUGAUAAGGGACUUCCUUCCAUGACAGGUCAUAGCGUGGUCCUGGUGGAAAUUCUGGACUUGAAUGACAAUGCCCCUGAGGUAGUGAUUACUUCACUGUCCCUUCCCGUUCAAGAGGAUGCUCAGGUGGGCACAGUUAUCGCCCUGAUCAGUGUGUCCGAUCGUGACUCUGGAGCCAAUGGACAGGUCACCUGCUCUCUUACACCACAUGUUCCUUUCAAACUGGUUUCCACCUUCAAGAAUUACUACUAUUCGUUGGUUCUGGACAGCGCCCUGGACCGCGAGAGCAAAUCUGACUACCAGUUGAUAGUGACUGCCUGCGACAGAGGCUCGCCUUCUCUAGCAACCACUGCGAGCAUGUCUGUGGAGGUGGCCGACGUGAACGAUAACGCGCCGGCCUUCUUACAGCCCGAGUACACCGUGUUGGUGAAGGAGAACAACCCACCGGGCUGCCACAUCUUCACAGUAUCUGCACAGGACGCGGACGCACAGGAGAACGCGCUGGUGUCCUACUCUCUGGUGGAGAGGCGGGUGGGCGAGCGCGCGCUGUCGAGCUACGUGUCGGUGCACGCGGAGAGCGGCAAGGUGUACGCACUGCAGCCGCUGGACCACGAGGAGCUGGAGCUGCUGCAGUUCCAGGUAAGCGCGCGCGAUGCCGGCGUGCCGCCUCUAGGCAGCAACGUGACGUUGCAGGUGUUCGUGCUGGAUGAAAACGACAAUGUGCCAGCACUGCUGGUGUCUCCGGCUGGCAGUAUGGGCGGAGUGGUGACCGAGCUGGUGCCACGGUCUGUGGGUGUUGGCCACGUGGUGGCGAAGGUGCGCGCUGUGGACGCAGACUCGGGAUACAACGCUUGGCUGUCCUAUGAGCUGCAGCCAACAACAGGAAGCGCGCGCAGCCCGUUCCGUGUUGGUCUGUACACAGGCGAGAUCAGCACCACGCGAGCCCUGGAUGAGAAUGACUCGCCGCGCCAAAGCUUGUUGGUGCUAGUGAAGGACCACGGAGAGCCGGCGUUGACGGCCACGGCCACAGUGCUGGUAUCUUUGGAGGAGAGCGGCUAUGUGCCAAAGGCCUCUUCGCGGGCGAUGGUGAAGGCUAUGGGCCCUGAGGCGGCGCUGGUGGAUGUCAACGUGUACCUGAUCAUCGCCAUCUGCGCGGUGUCCAGCCUGUUGGUGCUCACGCUGCUGUUGUACACGGCUCUGCGAUGUUCCGCACCUCCGACCGAGGGCGCGUGUGGGCCGGGCAAUCCCAGGCUGGUUUGCUCCAGCGCUGUAGGGAGCUGGUCAAACUCUCAGCAGAGGCGGCAAAGGUGUGCUCUGGGGAGGGUCCGCCCAAGACCGACCUCAUGGCCUUCAGCCCCAGCCUUCCGCAGUCUGGAGAAGAUUGUAUAAAUUCUUCUAGUGAACCACGACAACCCAACCCUGACUGGCGUUACUCUGCCUCCCUGAGAGCAGGCAUGCACAGCUCUGUGCACCUGGAGGAGGCUGGCAUUCUACGGGCUGGUCCAGGAGGGCCUGAU